GCACGUCUUUUCAGCCCCAAGCUUGCUCAACUUCUUGUGCUAUAAUUAUGCCUCAACACCAGAGGGGAACGAUUCUAGGACGCAACCAACUCCUAUACCUAUCACCACUCAGGCAUAAUAGGGAUUUGCUGUUUUCCUAGACCACAACUAAUACUUUGAGAUGUCAUUCAAUCAUUACCGGAUCAAGCGAGAGGCCCAUACCCUAAGUCGGCAACACACCAGCUGGAGCCCUUUCACCCACAGAUGGCGCCUUGCGCCGAGACGGGAAACAGGGGGUGAGGGCAUUCUUGAGGCACAAUCCGGGGAAGAUGGUGGUGACGAAAUUCAACAUGCCCACACUUCACCCGAUUCGUUAGCCUUUUGCAGCCUGGAUCAGGAAGAGAGUGGCGAUGCCGUACUUGCGCCUCAGCCGUCGGCCACACAAGCUGAUGGUCUGCGGAAUCGGCGAGAAACCGGAAGUGACACAGUAAAUGAGACCGCGACCACCGCCACGGGAGGAGAGCUACAAAAGCAGCAUUGGGGGUUCAAAACUGUCCAACCGAAAGUGCCGUUCACCAUUGCAAACCAGAUUCAGCGCAUCUUCCAACAGUCCAGCGUCAUCAGUCUGCUUCUGCUAUGUUGUCCGGUUGGGUUCAUCUUGAACUAUACCAGGGGGAGAUCGGCCGAAACCUUCGCCCUUAAUUUUGUCAGCACUAUUCCUCUCAAUUUUAUUGGCGACUUCGCCAUGACCGAGGUUGGCCUUAGACUGGGAGAGACUACUGCGGACUUGCUGUGCGUGUCAACGAGCAACCUUGUACAAUUCAUAUCCUGCAUUGUCCUGCUACGCACCAACCAAAUCACCAUCCUCAAAACUUCGCUCGUGGGUAGCAUUCUCGCAAACAUCCUAUUCUUCAUGGGAUUAAGUGUAAUUUGCGGUAGCUUCUCGAGGAAGUACCAGUAUUUCAACCGUACCGCGGCCCACAUGUCCUCCAACCUACUCUCGCUGGCAUCAACUAGCUUGCUGAUUCCAACGGCGUCUCGACUCCUGUCACAAGCAUCUCCGCAGGAUCUCGUCAAACAAUCGAGAGCUGCAUCUUUCGUUCUUAUCCUUGUCUACGUCCUAUACGUGUUCUGCGAGCAUUGGACGCAUAAGGAUAUCUAUAGCGAAGAGGCCCAGAAAGUGCCAGCUCGAAAACGUGCUAGGCCACUCAAGGAUGGGGCAGUCACACUAGGCCUUGUAAACCCCGUUGGCCUAAUUGCUGCACAUGGUGUUGGAGGCGAAGAAAGACGGCGCCGCGAGAUGCUGCAAUACUCAGGCGGUCGCGAAGAAGUUGAAGACGACGGACCACAACUUCACUUUGGAGUUGCUGUUGCCACUUUCCUCAUCACCACGGCCCUGCUCUACUUCAAUAUCGACUUCUCUGUCAACAGUAUCGAUGCUCUCACUACCGAUGCCAACCUGUCGAAGACGUUCGUUGGCUUGAUCCUUUUCCCCCUGUCAAACUGCGACUAUGUUCCGAUUCAGCUGGCCAUGAAGGACAAGCUAAGUCAUACAGUCACAAGUACGGUUGGCAAAAGCAUCCAGACUGCGCUCCUAGUUACUCCUGGGGUCAUUCUUCUUGCUUGGUGCCUUGGGGUUGAUGAGGUGACGCUAGUCUUCGACGGCUUCGAGGUUGUCAGCCUCUUUACAACGGUCUUGCUGUUGAAUUUUCUCAUUGUAGAUGCAAAGGUCCACUGGAUCCAAGGCGUCUUAUUGCUGGCCGACUGGACCCUUAUUGCGGUUGCAGCAUUCUUUGUCCAUGGAGAAGCAGAGCGAUCAUGAUGAAAUACUAGGAUAGUAUGAAUCUUAGCUGGAAAAGCGCUCGAUGCUAAACGCCUGUCCUGUGUUUCCAAAGCAGACGGUUUUAGCUUUACUAAUCAGGUGAAAGAGGCUUGACAAGU